AUGUUGAUUCAACCCGAGUUGUAUAGUUUCGAACAGAAUUUUUCAAAUGGACCCUACGGUAAUAAGAGCUUAAAGUAUACUGACCACGAGCAACGCGUUCUGUCUGAUUCGACAAACAUGCAACUAUUAGAUCAAUUAUUAAAAUUUAUGGACAUUCUCUCUUCCGCCAAAACUUCGUCCGUAAGUCAAUGGAACAUUGAACGUUUGCAAAAUGCAAUUCAGUGUGCUAUGGAUGUCGAGAACGAAAUGUUUAUGAUACCAGAAGAGGACGUUAUGUUGAUAACCCAACAGCUUGUUUCAAAAGUUAGAUCACAACCACCAAACAUUCCGGAUUUCGGGAAUGCACAUCACCUAUUAUAUGGGACAUUAUUGAAGAAUGUUUAUUUAUCAAGUGAACUCUUCUCUUAUAUUAUGAGUACAUAUGAGUUUCCACUUGAGGGUUUAUUUUCCAAGAAAGAUAAUAUUUCUGAA